AACGCGCCGGCAGCGGCGACGGGGUGAGUGAGAAGCCGGCGGACGCGCGGCUGUUUGGAGUCUGGGAGUGGCAAGCCACCGUGUCUCCCAACUUGGAUCCUGGCUUCCCUCAAAAGACUCUUAAGGCUAAUGUUUGAUAACCCUCUGAAGAAGCCAACACUACAUUUCUGGAAACUAGAAGUCUGAAAUAAGGUGUCAGCAGGGACAUGCUCCUCUGAAGGCUUGAAGGAAGAAUCCUCCCUCACCUCUUCUUAGCUUCUCAUCAGGGCUACCAGCAAUCCUUGGCAUUCCUUGAUAUCCCUGGAGCAUUUGGAUAAUGUGACAGUUGGGAUGCAGUGAUGUCAACUCUCUGUCCACCACCAUCGCCAGCUGUUGCCAAGACAGAGAUUGCUUUAAGCGGUGAAUCCCCUUUAUUAGCAGCCACCUUUGCUUACUGGGACAACAUUCUUGGUCCUCGAGUAAGACACAUUUGGGCUCCAAAGACAGACCAGGUGCUUCUCAGCGAUGGAGAAAUAACUUUUCUUGCUAACCACACCCUAAAUGGAGAAAUCCUUCGAAACGCAGAGAGUGGGGCUAUCGAUGUAAAAUUCUUUGUGUUGUCUGAAAAGGGAGUAAUUAUUGUUUCAUUAAUAUUCGAUGGAAACUGGAAUGGGGAUAGGAGCACAUACGGACUAUCAAUUAUACUUCCGCAGACAGAACUUAGCUUCUACCUCCCACUUCACAGAGUGUGUGUUGAUAGAUUAACACACAUUAUCCGGAAGGGAAGGAUAUGGAUGCAUAAGGAAAGACAAGAAAAUGUCCAGAAGAUAGUCUUAGAAGGCACAGAGAGAAUGGAAGAUCAGGGACAGAGUAUUAUUCCAAUGCUUACUGGAGAAGUAAUUCCUGUGAUGGAACUGCUUUCAUCUAUGAAAUCACACAGUGUUCCUGAAGAAAUAGAUAUAGCUGAUACAGUUCUCAAUGAUGAUGAUAUUGGUGACAGUUGUCAUGAAGGCUUUCUUCUCAAUGCCAUUAGCUCACACUUGCAAACCUGUGGCUGUUCUGUCGUAGUAGGGAGCAGUGCAGAGAAAGUAAAUAAGAUAGUAAGAACAUUAUGCCUUUUUCUGACUCCAGCAGAGAGAAAGUGCUCCAGAUUAUGUGAAACAGAAUCAACAUUUAAAUACGAGUCAGGGCUCUUUGUCCAAGGCCUGCUAAAGGAUUCAACUGGAAGCUUUGUGCUACCAUUCCGGCAAGUCAUGUAUGCUCCCUAUCCCACCACACACAUAGAUGUGGACGUCAAUACCGUCAAACAAAUGCCACCCUGCCACGAACACAUUUACAAUCAGCGUAGGUACAUGAGAUCAGAGCUAACAGCAUUCUGGAGAGCCACUUCGGAAGAAGACAUGGCUCAGGAUACCAUCAUCUACACAGACGAAAGCUUCACUCCUGACUUGAAUAUUUUUCAAGAUGUCUUACACAGAGACACGCUAGUAAAAGCCUUCCUAGAUCAGAUCUUUCAUUUGAAACCAGGUUUAUCUCUCAGGAGUACUUUCCUUGCACAGUUUCUACUCGUCCUUCACAGAAAAGCCUUGACGCUAAUAAAAUAUAUAGAAGAUGAUACGCAGAAGGGGAAAAAGCUCUUUAAAUCUCUUCGGAACCUGAAGAUAGAUCUUGAUUUAACAGCAGAGGGCGAUCUUAACAUAAUAAUGGCUCUAGCUGAAAAAAUUAAACCAGGCCUGCACUCCUUUAUCUUCGGAAGACCUUUCUACACUAGUGUACAGGAACGAGAUGUCCUAAUGACUUUUUAAAUGUGUAACUUAUUAAGUAUAUUUCAUUAUAAUCAUGAUUGCUGCUAAAAUAGCUCAGUGGUAUGGAACACAUCAAACCCUUGGAUCAUACCCCAGAAUCCUACUCAGCAAUGGCAGUUAAACUUAGUUACACUACAGGCAUCACAAGAAAUCUGCAAGGGGAUGUCAGGUACAUUGUCAACAGUGGAUGCAUCUUGUCCCAGAUGUGCCGUCUUGGGAUACAGACUUAUGUUUACAAUGAUAAUAAAUAUUAUUGCUGUCUUUUGAAUAUAUAAUGAUAGGAUAUACACUUGACCACAACUACUGUUUUUCUGAAAUUUAGGAUUCAUGGUUUACUUGUAUCAAAGUAAAGUCUGAGUUAGCUUUCACAUAUAAAAUACUAGCUGACUUUUCAUCUUUUGGUGUUUUUUGGUUUAUGGAAUUAUUGUAAUACUGUUGCAAUCAGCUGAAAAUUAGAGCAUUUAAAUCAUUUUAGUUCCAUAGACAGGAAGUGAACUUGAACCUAAGGGUAAACUUUAGAAAGAAAAUACUGAUCAAGCAGAUGUUUGAAAUUAUUAGAUCUCCUUUGUAGACUUAGUCCUUCAGAUUCAGUCUGUGUAAAAAUGUCAAGCAGUGUAUAUAGUCCUGAUUAUAAUAAACUACAGUCAGGGUGGUGUUUGUUUGCUUAUUUGUUUGUUUGUUAAGCUCUGUCAGGAAAUAUAACAAAUUGGAUUUUAUGUUUUAGUAGCCAUCACCAACUUUUUAAAUUUUCAUUAUUUUCGAGCCAAAUGAAAAUGUGUACCUUUGUGCCUUUUUUUUCCUUGGAAAAUAUAAUUACUUGGAAGAAGUUCAGAUUUCACUAGUCAGUCAUUUUCAUCAUUUUGCUCUCGUAUGGUAGUCUUCCCUGACUUGGCAAUCAUUGUAAUUUCGAGAUUAUUAAAUGUAAUAGAGACUAUACUAACUGGUAAUAUCUGUUUUCAGGAAUAGAGAAUAAUAUCUUGUCUUCUUUCUACUUAUAUCUCUGCAUAUUUUUGAAGUUGUUGCGUGUCUCUGCCUGCAUCAUAUGACGAAUAGCAGGAGAAACUUCACUGACGUGCUGUUUUACUAGGUGCUACUUUAGCAGAACUAAGUGGUCUAUUUCUUUUGUUUCCUGAAUGUGUUUGGACCAUUUUGCUAGCUACGAAAUAACUGAUUAACAUAAUUCUGUGCUAGAACAGUGUUGACAUAGUAGUAGUAUAUAUAAGCAUAAAAAGGUUUUUUUUAUUUAAAACUGUGGAACGAACACAAAAGGGAAAAAUAUUUAUGAGAAAGAGAUAAAAGUGAUAGAGCCCCUCUGCCCUUAUCCUCCCACCAAAUUUCACCAAAAGCACAUUUUGUCGUGAAAGGUCCCAACAGCCUUUCACAUCACUAACAAGACAGGUGUAGGCAUCUUGACUCUUAGACACACACAAACCUAGAUGACAGAUGCUCUGUAGCUCAGUCAUGAGAAAAUGUACAGAUACCACCGUUUUUUACCCUUUACUCAAUGUUUUUUACACGCUAGAUUAUUUAAGUGCUGACUGAUUUUUGUUUUGCUGGUUUGUUGUAUUGUUACAGAGAAUACAAGUUGUACAGUGAAAUAAGUUAUUAAAGCAUGUGUAAACACUGCUGCAUAUAUUUUCUCCUGGAAGGAGAAUUUUGAAUAAAAUAUCUUUGAAAUCUUG